GACAAUAAAGAUGCUAUCACAGUUAUACAAGGACAGCAGAAAGCAGAUACGGAGUCUCAUUUCAUCCGAGUGGAAGGACGAAUCACACAGCUGGAGACUUGGAAAGGAACGCAUCUGCAGGACAUUGAGACCAUCAGCCAACUACAGACAGAUAUGAAUGCCUUGAAGGAUAGGAUAACAGUCCUAGAAAACAAGCCAGACCCCACAUAUCCUCCCCGACCCCCAACUACUGCUAGUAGUAAUAAUGCUAAUAGGAAACUUAAGCGCAGGAUCAGUGCGCUGGAAACCAAGGUCUCAAACCUAUGGAACAAAUUGUCGAGCAAUGAAUGUCAGAACCAACCUUGUCAGAACGGAGGAACCUGUGUUGAUCUCUACAACGGCUACAUCUGCCAGUGUCCUGAUGCUUGGGAGGGUAAAACCUGUAACACUGAUGUCAACGAAUGUGCCCGGUUUGCCGGUACGGAUCUCGGAUGUCAAAACGGCGCAACAUGUCGCAACACGCGGGGCGGCUACACUUGUACAUGCACAGCUGAUUGGUUCGGUGUCCACUGCACCACGCGACAUGACGAUUGCUCCGGUGCGUCUCAAAUGGAACUUUGCGGCCACGGAACGUGUGUUGACAUUGAUAGGACCCACUCAGGACAAGCCCGCUAUAAAUGUUCAUGUGAUGAAGGCUGGACCACUGAGGGAUCUGCUCCAGCCUGUACGAAGGAUGUCGAUGAGUGUUCCUUGACCAACCCACCAUGUUCACAAAGUCCUCACGUUAUCUGCAUCAACCUGCCUGGAACCUAUCAUUGUGGGCCUUGCCCACCUGGAUAUUCCGGCAACGGCUGGGAUUGCACUGACGUAGACGAGUGUGCCACAGAUAAUGGAGGCUGUUCUCAGACACCAUUAGUUCACUGCAUCAAUACUAGGGGGUCGAAUAAGUGCGGGCCGUGUCCACCCGGUUAUGCCGGGAAUGGGCAGACAUGUAUGUGGCAGGGACGUUGCUCCACAAAUAACGGAGGUUGCCACAGGUUGGCAAGAUGCAUUGAGACUGUUGGUGUGCUCGGGGUGAGGUGUCAGUGUCCAGAUGGUUACUAUGGCAGCGGUGUGGGUCGAAGAAGCUGCAGACAGCCAGCUACCAGUGCCCCUGAUCCAUGCAGCACUAACCCCUGUGUCAACGGCAGAUGUCGGGCAUCGGGCUCCGCCUAUACAUGCGAAUGUGACACUGGCUUUAGCGGAAGUCGUUGUCAGUUGAACACAGACAACUGUGCGAGUUCUCCGUGCCAAAAUGGUGGCACGUGUCUUGAUGCUUUGAACAGUUUUACGUGUCAGUGUCCAGAUACACAUACAGGGACAUUAUGUGAGACGGCGAGAGAGAAUUGCGGAGGGGAGCUGACCACUGAUACGGGCUCGAUCAAGUACCCACAAGAAACAGGUGUGAACUACCCGCACAGCAUCAUGUGUGGUUGGAAGAUCGUUGUCUCGUCAGGCAAGAUUGUUCAGCUAACUUUCACCAAAUUCAACACCGAGGCGACCUCAAGCUGCAAGUUUGACUUCCUUGCUAUCCACGAUGGUCGUUCUCGAGGUGACCACAAGAUCGACCAAUAUUGUGGCGAAGAUCUACCAGCUGGUGGUGUUGUGAACACUACCCAUAAUGCAGCAUUUCUGUACUUCCAAUCUGAUGCAUCUGUGGCACGUGAUGGGUUUGAACUGACAUGGCAAGCACAAGACCCAGUGUGUGGAAGUGACCUCACAGGCAAGGACCAUGGCACGAUCUCCAGUCCCGGGUACCCAGGGGCAUAUCCCCCCAGAAUUGAUUGUGUUUGGACCAUCAGUGUCUCCCCAGGAAAGAAGAUCAUGUUUCACUUUGCAACCUUGGACUUGGAGCAUCACAAUAACUGCACCUACGAUUUCCUCGAAAUUCAUGAUGGCCUGCGAGAAACGGACCCCCUGCUGAGGCGAUUCUGCAGCGAGGCUGAUCCGCCUCCACUCACGACAAUGAGUCCAUAUGCAUGGAUUAAGUUCCAUUCUGACAGUAGCGAGAAUGGCCAGGGAUUCCACAUAACAUAUUCAGCAAUCGAAGUCAAAGCAGGCAGUGAGCAAUGUGGAGAGGCGCUGACUGACAGCACUGGUGCAAUCACCUCCCCAAACUACCCAGGCAACUACCAAGCUUCCAUCAACUGUGUGUGGACAAUCACAGUGCCGGACGGAGAGAAAAUAGUCCUCACGCUCACCAACAUGGACCUGGAAGCUGCCACUAGCAAUGGUGACUGCACUAUGGAUUAUCUCGAGAUCAGAGAAGGAACUGAUGAAAAUGGAGACCUCGUGGGGACAUACUGUGGAGACAGAAUACCUGCUGUUAGGACUCUCACCUCCAACACGGUCUGGGUGAAGUUCGUGACAGAUGAAUCUGCACAGCGUACGGGUUUCAGACUAACUUGGGAUAUUGCAUGUGGUGGUGCAUUCUCUGAUGAGGCCGGCUCGAUCACUUCCCCGUACUAUCCCAACAACUACCCUCACAACAAGGAGUGCGAGUACGUCCUUAUCAAUCCAACGGGAGGCCAGGUCACAAUCAAAUUUGACGAAUUCGCCAUCGAACAAGUUGGCGAUGAUUGUGAAUAUGAUUACUUAGAGGUGCGCGAUGGUAGAACUAAAGAUGCUGGGCUCCUGCAUAAACUCUGUGGCAGUGAAACUCCAAAUCCAAUUUCAUCCAACGGACGGGCGUUACAUCUGCGAUUUGUUUCCGAUGGUUCAACCAACAAUAAAGGUUUCAAGCUCAGCUACGAGAUGAAUACUCAAACCUGCGGAGGUGCCCUCACGGCCAUUAGUGGAGUGAUCCAGAGCCCAGGCUUCCCCAACGUCUACCCCCAUGGCAUUGCCUGUGUCUGGACUAUCGACGUGGACCCCGGUUACAUUAUCAGGUUGACAUUCCACUCAUUCAGCACGGAGAAGACUGCUAACUGCCGAUAUGACUAUGUUGGCGUCUACGAUAACUCGUCCUACACAGAUACUGGCGGAUUGCUCGGGAGGUGA